AAUCCAAAUUAGCCAACAUAUUCCUUUAGCAGCAAACUCGACAUAAAUAAAUUAUUUUUAUUCGAUGAUUGGCUAAAGAAUAGAAAAUGAGUUGAGGACUUCUAUAUCAAUUUGAAAGCCAAUAGUGGGCACAAUCCUUAGAAAUACAACCCAUGAAAACAUUGAUUAUCAUGCCCAAUUAAAAGGUGACCAUCUCUUAUAUUAUCCACGCAAUUUUCACUUGAUUUAUUUAAUUUCUAAUCACAAAUACUACCCAUAAAUAAAUACUUGUGCAUUACCCCUUAAUCCAAUCCUCAUAAGUCAUAUUCUUCUAAUUUUAUGUUCAUCCAAUUGCUACCUACUAAUUCUAAGAUUAUUUAUCACAAGGUGUUUGGAGUAUACAUUGAUAAAUGAGAAGAGAAGUUGUGGUGGGCUUGGUAGCAACCUUGUGAAGAACAUAAAAAAUGUCUUCCAAUUCUUGGAUAACUUCUCUUUCAUGUUCAAUCCCAAAUUCAUCUUCAUCCAUAGUCCAAUGGGCAAAAUUUAUAUUUUUGUCUCCAUGUCCUCAAAGAGUUUUGCUUACUUCUAUUGAUACCAUCUUCUUGAUUGUGCUUAUUGGCAUCUUGUUAUACCAAUUCAUCUCUAAGGUUAUCUUGGGGAAACCUCAAGAAUCAAGUAUUUUGAAGAAUCCUACAACAUCGAAUCGUGUUCGAGUGCAAACAAAUGUUUGGUAUAAACUAUCCCUCAUUUCAUCAAUUUUGUUUGCUUUUAUAUAUUUGCUCAUUGCAAUCUUAGUAUUUAAUAGUAAAACUAAUGAGUUUUCAUGGAAACUUGUGGAUGGAACAUUUGGGAUUGUUCAAGUGCUAACUUAUGUUGCAAUAGUGAUCUUAAUUGCCCAUGAAAAGAGGUUUGAGGUUACUAAACAUCAUUCAUCACUUAGAGUGUAUUGGAUUUUUAGCUUCUUAACCUAUGCCUUGUUUGUUGUUUCCGCCUUAAUUCGUUUGAUUUCGAACAAUGAACUUGUUGGGUAUGAUUAUUCAAGGGUAGAGGAUGUAGUUUCCUUCAUUUCUUUUGUACUUGCAAUUGUUCUUCUUGUGGUUGGGAUUAAAGGGUCAACGGGCAUAAUGGUAGCAAGACAUGCUAAUGGAAACUCAUUGAUUGAUAAUGGGAAUUCAUUGAGUGAGCCACUUUUGGAGAAAUCCAAUGUUAGUGGUUUUGCAAAUGCGUCGUUAGUAUCAAAGACCUUUUGGUUGUGGUUGAACCCUUUACUUAGUAAAGGAUACAAAUCUCCUCUUACGUUAAACGACGUACCGUCCCUUUCACCUCAACACCGAGCUAAAAUAAUGUCCGAUCUCUUCGAAUCCAAAUGGCCUAAGCCGCAUGAAAAGUGUAAAAACCCGGUUAGGACUACUCUUCUUAGGUGUUUUUGGAGGGAAGUUUUGUUCACUGCUAUAUUAGCUGUAAUUCGAGUUUGCGUCAUGUAUGUCGGUCCUGUUCUUCUUCAAAAAUUUGUGGAUUUCACUUCGGGUGUGAGAAGCUCUCCCUAUGAAGGGUAUUACCUCGUUCUCAUUCUUCUCGUUGCGAAGUCGAUAGAGGUAUUGACUUCCCAUCAAUUCAAUUUCAAUUCUCAAAAGCUCGGGAUGUUAAUUCGUUCGACCCUUAUCACCAACUUGUAUAAGAAAGGGCUAAAGUUAACGUGCUCCGCUAGGCAGGCUCAUGGGGUUGGACAAAUUGUGAAUUAUAUGGCUGUUGAUGCUCAGCAACUUUCUGAUAUGAUGCUCCAGCUACAUGCUAUCUGGCUGAUGCCUUUGCAACUUUCUGUAGCGUUGCUACUUCUCUACAACUAUCUCAGAUGGGCCACACUCACCGCGUUGGUAGGAAUCGUUGUGGUUUUGUUGUUUGUUUUCUUUGGCACGAAGAGAAAUAACAGAUUUCAGUUCAAUUUGAUGACAAACCGUGACUCUCGAAUGAAGGCGACUAACGAAAUGCUUAACUAUAUGCGGGUUAUCAAGUUCCAAGCAUGGGAAGAACAUUUCAACAAGAGGAUACAAUCGUUUCGGGAUUCAGAAUAUAGUUGGUUAUCUAAGUUCCUCUUCUCCAUAGCAGGAAAUAUUGUGGUUAUGUGGUCUACUCCUAUUGUGAUAUCAAGUCUCACAUUCGGCACAGCCAUCCUUUUGGGGGUCCCGCUUGAUGCGGGGAAAGUAUUCACUACUACAACCAUUUUUAAGAUGUUGCAAGAGCCAAUCCGGACUUUCCCUCAGUCUAUGAUAUCGAUUUCACAGGCUAUGAUUUCACUCAAAAGGCUAGACGAUUUCAUGCUGAGUAAGGAACUGGCUCAUGAGUUGGUGGAGCGAGUUGAUGGUUGUGACGGUGUGACUGCCAUACAGGUAGAAGAUGGUGUCUUUAGUUGGGAUGAUGAGGGUGGCGAGGAGGUACUCAAAGAUAUAAACAUUGACAUAAAGAAAGGGCAACUUGCCGCUAUUGUCGGUACUGUAGGAUCUGGAAAGUCGUCUUUGCUUGCUUCAAUCCUCGGUGAGAUGCACAAGAUCAGAGGAAAGGUAAGAGUUUGCGGAACGACAGCAUAUGUAGCACAAACGUCAUGGAUACAGAAUGGAACCAUUGAAGAGAAUAUCCUGUUUGGUUUGCCCAUGAACAGAGAGAAAUACAGACAUGUAGUGAAGGUUUGCUGCUUGGAAAAGGAUUUGGAAAUGAUGGAAUUCGGAGAUCAGACUGAGAUUGGAGAGCGUGGCAUCAAUCUUAGCGGGGGUCAAAAGCAACGAAUACAGCUUGCUAGAGCUGUUUAUCAGGACUGUGAUAUUUAUCUGCUAGAUGACGUAUUUAGUGCUGUUGAUGCUCAUACUGGAACAGAAUUGUUUAAGGAAUGUGUAAGAGGAGCUCUUAAAGACAAAACAAUCAUACUUGUGACCCAUCAAGUAGACUUUUUGCACAAUGUAGACCGUAUCAUGGUGAUGAGAGAUGGUAUGAUUGUACAAGCAGGAAGAUACAACGACCUUUUAAAAUCAGGCACAGAUUUCAAUGCACUCGUAGCUGCCCACGAGACAUCUAUGGAGCUUGUCGAAGCAGGCAGCAACUCUGAGCUUCCCGCAGAUUCACCACGGCAACAUAAAUCUCCUCGAGGAAAUCACAACGAAGGUAAUGGCGUGAGUGGUUCUUUGACAAGACAAAAAUCGGGAAAGGGAGACGCUAAGCUCAUAAAAGAGGAGGAAAAAGAAACCGGGAAAGUUAGUUUACAAGUUUACAAAGACUACUGCACCGAGGCUUUUGGAUGGUGGGGCGUAAUUGCUGCUUUAUCGUUCUCUUUGUUGUGGCAAUCAUCUAUAAUGGCCGGUGAUUAUUGGCUGGCUUACGAAACUGCUGGAGAACGUGCCUCGUUCUUCAGUCCUUCUUUCUUUAUUAUCAUCUAUUCUAUUCUUGCCGCUGUUUCUGUUGUGUUAGUGGUCAUACGAUCCUUCUUUGUUACGUACUUCGGUUUAAAGACAGCUCAAAUUUUCUUUUCUCGGAUUCUUCAUAGUAUCCUACAUGCCCCCAUGUCAUUUUUCGAUACUACUCCUUCCGGAAGAAUUUUAAGCAGGGCGUCCAGUGAUCAGACAAAUGUCGAUAUUCUCGUGCCUUUCGUCCUAAAUCUUACUAUUGCUAUGUACAUCACGCUACUUAGCAUCAUCAUUAUCACUUGUCAGUAUGCUUGGCCGACUGUGUUCCUCUUAAUUCCUCUAGGAUGGCUGAAUUUGUGGUACAGGGCAUAUUAUCUUGCAACAUCACGUGAAUUGACUCGCCUUGACUCAAUCACGAAAGCGCCCGUUAUCCAUCACUUCUCGGAAAGCAUUUCAGGAUUCAUGACAAUACGUUGUUUCGGAAAGCAAGAUAAAUUUAUUCAAGAAAAUGUGAAGCGGGUGAAUGCGAAUUUGUGUUUGGAUUUUCACAACAAUGGAUCAAAUGAAUGGUUAGGUUUUCGUUUGGAACUGCUUGGUAGCUUGCUUCUAUGUGCAUCGGCUUUAUUCAUGAUUCUUUUGCCUAGCAACAUCAUCAAACCAGAGAAUGUUGGUUUGUCGUUGUCGUAUGGGCUGUCCCUCAACUCUGUGCUAUUCUGGGCAAUGUAUACCAGUUGCUUUGUUGAAAAUAGAAUGGUUUCCGUAGAGAGGAUAAAGCAGUUUACCCGAAUCCCAUCUGAAGCUGCGUGGACUCUCGAGGAAUGCGCUCCUCCUCCGAAUUGGCCAACCCAAGGCAAUGUUGAGCUUAAGGACUUGCAGGUGAGAUAUAGGCCCAAUACUCCGCUUGUACUGAAAGGGAUUACACUAAACAUUAGAGGAGGAGAGAAAAUAGGUAUUGUUGGACGAACAGGGAGCGGAAAAUCGACUCUUAUCCAAGUGUUCUUCAGGCUUGUCGAGCCCACAGGCGGAAAAAUCAUCAUAGACAAUAUUGACAUUUCUAUGCUAGGCCUCCAUGAUCUUCGGUCUCGAUUUGGGAUUAUUCCUCAAGAGCCAGUUCUUUUUGAAGGCACUGUCCGAAGCAACAUUGACCCGACAGGCCAGUACUCAGAGGAUGAGAUUUGGAAGAGCCUUGACCGUUGUCAACUUAAAGACGUUGUAGCUUCGAAACUCGAGAAACUCGAAGCUCCUGUGGUUGAUAACGGAGAAAACUGGAGCGUUGGUCAAAGACAACUUCUGUGCUUAGGCCGAGUGAUGUUGAAGAAAAGCCGACUUCUAUUUAUGGACGAAGCAACUGCUUCCGUAGAUUCUCAAACCGAUGCUGUUAUUCAAAAGAUCAUCAGGGAAGAUUUCGCAGCGUGCACAAUCAUCAGCAUUGCGCACAGGAUACCGACAGUCAUGGACUGCGAUAGAGUUCUCGUUGUAGAUGCAGGAAAAGCACGGGAAUUUGAUUCACCAGCAAGGUUACUCGAGAGACCAUCACUUUUUGGAGCACUGGUACAGGAAUAUGCAAAUCGCUCGUCUGGUUUGUAGUCUAUACUGUAAUACCUGAUUCUAUACCGAAACGAUGCAUCGUGCCCAAUUUGUUGGAAUCUAAAGUUUCGUCUGAUGGAAAUCAAGGCUUUACAGUGAUGAGAUCACAUUACAUACAUCUCGCUGGUGCUUUUGAGCUUCAUGAUCAUUUGACUAGCAGUUUAAGUACAUAGCUAUGCAAACUAUUGUAUAUGACCAUACUUCAUUAGUUCAUUUUGUACUAAUAUUGUUGUGUAUUUUGGGGGAUGGGAGUAUAAAAGUGAAGUACAUUCAUAUCCCUUAACCCGAAAAUAAUUGUCGUGUUUUUGGUAUAAAAUUGUAUUGUAACAAUUAAAUUUUGAUGAUCGUAAAAAAGUAUCAGUAGAUUAUUACUUAA